AAAUAUAAGACAGCAGUAGCAGCAGAGAUCUGCAAUAGAUAAACACAGUCUCACACACACACCAGCUGGAUUGCUCGCAGACACACACCACAACUACAGAGAGACAGACGCUGUAGAAUUAGAGAACGGUGGCUCCAGCUUCUCUAAUCUUCUAUUUUAAUGGGCUUAUUGUCAUCUAUCAUUUCAGUGGAAAACAGCCACAGAGAAAGAAAGCGGCAGGUGUGCCCUUUAAGAGGGGGAGCAGCUGAGGCAAGGACGGCAUCAGAGUCUCCAUCCUCUGUGGAGGAUUUGCGGUUCUGAGGAGUGCAAGAAAGAGCGGUGGUCAGCCAAAGCUCUCCGGUUUUCUGUUCUCGUUCCUUCCAUCUGGACAUAGGCUGCAAUGGUUGGCAGUAUUCAAAGGCCCACACCUGUCUGAGUGAGCCCUAUGAACAGCAGACCCGAUGGACAUCAAAGGCCAGUGUUGGACAGACGAGGAGUCGGACGGGGAGAACGAGUCCGAACAGUUCCUGUAUGGCAUUCAGGGGAGCUGCGCUGCUGACCUGUACCGCCACCCUCAACUAGAUGCAGAUAUUGAGGCAGUAAAAGACAUCUACACUGACAGUGCUGUCUCUGUUAGGGAGUAUGGAACCAUCGAUGACGUGGACAUCGAUCUUCAUAUUAACAUCGGUUUUUUAGAUGAGGAGGUUGCGACAGCUUGGAAAGUUAUCAGAACAGAGCCCAUUAUUCUGAGACUGCGCUUUUCUCUUUCUCAGUACCUCGAUGGACCUGAACCGUCAGUAGAAGUGUUCCAGCCCUCCAAUAAAGAAGGCUUUAGCCUGGGCCUGCAGCUCAAAAAGAUCCUGAGCACGUUCACCUCACAGCAGUGGAAGCACCUCAGUAAUGAGUUCCUCAAGGCCCAGCAGGAGAAGAGGCACAGCUGGUUCAAAGCCGGAGGAACCAUCAAGAAGUUCCGAGCCGGACUCAGCAUCUUCUCCCCCAUACCCAAGUCUCCGAGUUUUCCUUUGAUCCAAGACACAGUUUUAAAAGGGAAGCUGAGUGUCCCUGAGCUGAGAGUGACCCGCCUGAUGAACCGCUCUAUCUCAUGUACCAUGAAGAACCCCAAAGGGGAGCUCUUCAACUAUCCACCAAACAGCCAGACUGUGGCUGUCCCGGCGGCCAGGGCCCCUGCGCAGAUUACCACGAGGCAGCUGAUUGAAUUGUUUUUCUCAUCCCAGGCGGGCGGCCACUGCAAGAACAUCCCUACCUUGGAGUAUGGCUUCUUAGUGCAGAUUAUGAAGUACUCGGAGCAGAGGAUCCCCACACUCAACGAGUACUGUGUGGUGUGUGACGAACAGCAUGUCUUUCAGAACGGAUCCAUGCUGAAGCCGGCUGUAUGCACCAGGGAGCUGUGUGUGUUCUCCUUCUACACUCUGGGUGUGAUGUCUGGAGCCGCAGAGGAAGUGGCCACUGGAGCAGAGGUAGUGGACCUACUUGUGGCUAUGUGUCGAGCUGCUCUGGAGUCUCCCCGUAAGAGCAUCAUCUUUGAGCCGUACCCAUCAGUUGUUGACCCCAAUGACCCCAAGACUCUGGCCUUCAACCCAAAGAAGAAGAAUUAUGAGAGACUGCAGAAAGCCUUGGACAGCGUCAUGUCCAUUCGGGAAAUGACCCAGGGCUCAUAUCUAGAGAUCAAGAAACAGAUGGACAAACUUGACCCUUUAGCCCAUCCCCUGCUACAGUGGAUUAUUUCCAGUAACAGGUCUCAUAUCGUCAAGCUGCCUCUGAGUAGGCAACUGAAAUUCAUGCACACCUCCCACCAGUUCCUGCUGCUCAGCAGCCCCCCAGCAAAGGAGGCUCGUUUUCGCACUGCCAAGAAGCUAUAUGGCAGCACCUUCGCCUUCCAUGGUUCCCAUAUAGAGAACUGGCACUCUGUUCUGAGAAAUGGACUAGUCAAUGCCUCUUAUACCAAACUGCAGCUGCAUGGGGCAGCGUAUGGAAAGGGGAUCUAUCUGAGCCCCAUCUCCAGCAUAUCUUUUGGAUACUCAGGAAUGGGGAAAGGACAGCACCGGAUGCCCACCAAAGAUGAACUGGUGCAGCGUUACAACCGCAUGAAUACCAUACCACAGAGCCGUCCAAUACAAUCAAGGUUUCUUCAGAGUCGAAAUCUCAACUGCAUCGCUUUGUGUGAAGUAAUCACAUCUAAGGAUCUGCAGAAACAUGGUAACAUCUGGGUGUGUCCAGUAUCUGACCAUGUUUGUACUCGCUUCUUUUUUGUGUACGAGGAUGGCCAAGUAGGAGAUGCCAACAUCAACACCCAGGAGCCUAAGGUGCAGAAAGAGAUCAUGCGUGUGAUUGGAACCCAGAUCUACUCCAGCUAAUGGCAGUUCUCCAUACGUCUCUCUGGCGGAGGCACACAGACAGGCAGACAGCGAAUGUUUGGGCGGGGCCGACCUCAGGCCCGAUACGGAAGGCUGAGGAGCUCUUGAGCACAUUAAGUCGUUUUGUUAAUUUCCCCUCAUUUUCCUCUCCAUUGUUUGUUCCUCUUCUCCAAGUGGUUACACAUUACAUGUUCAUUUAACCUUCAGUUAAAGUCAGUCUGCUUCUCUCCGUUAACACACCGAUGAAGAAAAGGAUUGUGGCACUAUCUUUUGUGGGGACUCGUCAUUGACAUAAUGCAUUCCCUAGCCCCUUGCCAUAACCUUAACCCUCACAACUAAAUGCCUAACCUUAAACCUUACCCUCAAUCUUACUAUAACAUAAUUCUAACCCUAAUCCUAAAACAAAGUUUUAACCCUCAAACAGCUCUUUAAACUUGUGGGGUCCAGCAUUUUGGCCCCACAAAGUUGUUGGGACCCUACAAGUAUACUGGACUCCUGGUUUUUGGACCCCACGAAAAUAGUUAAACAAGACCACACACACACACACACACACUCAAACCAUUGGUUGACUGGGCUUUCUCCUUUCUUUCUGCACUUUUACUAAUUCUCUAGACUAAUGAUCUCUAUUUUUCAUUUCUCUUUGUGAAUAUUGAGUCAAAAAAAAAGAAGAAAAAAAAUGUCAAAUGAUUAAUUAGAUCCCUUUGUGGCAAAUAAGUGAUGGAUUUACAUGCACAUAGAAGUUUGCAAACACAAUAAGAGAACAAAGGCAUUAUUUCCCAUCCGUUUAUUUAAUAUCUUUUGACUAAUGACAUGAAUUAGGUCUGUGACAUGGUUAUCUGAGGGGCAAACAGUGCUCUGUCACUUUGUCCUUGUUCGCUCCCAGAAUCCAAUAAGCGAGGUGUGGCUUGAACUCAAGUUACAUACACUAUAGGCACUUUGUUUUUGAUAACAUUAUCAAAUGUAAUAAAAACAGAAUAGUUUUUUUUUCAUACAGAAUUCAGAUGGUUCUCAUUGAUAAUGCACCUUCAAACCCUCACAGCCCCCAAAUGUCAAACAAA